CAGUUUAUAUAUAUAUAUGAGUGGACGGUUGCCAUGGCAGUGGCUUCAGAACAGCUUGGCUGCAGCAGUGUGGUGAUGUCACAGUGAUGACAUCACAGCAUUUGGAACUUUGGAGGUGAAUAAGAUCCUGAGUUUGAACUCUAGUGAUCAGUUCUGCUUGCACCUGCGACUGAACUGCACUGAGAGAGAGAGACACCUGCACUGAGAGAGAGACACACCUGCACUGAGAGAGAGAGACACACCUGCACUGAGAGAGAGAGACACACCUGCACUGAGAGAGAGAGACACCUGCACUGAGAGAGAGACACUUAUCCAGAGAGACAGAGACCGAGAGAGGGUCCGAGACAGAGACCGAGAGAGGGUCCGAGAGAGUCUGAGAGUUUAUCUACUCCACUUAUUCCAGAGAUCUGGAGAGAGAGAGAUGGGGGAGUUAAUGAGCGAGAGCGAGGUCCAGCAGACCAUUCUUCUGAUCCAGAAGAUUGAGAGUGAAAAAAGAGACCGAAUCCUGAAGGCCUGGACUGUGGCCAGUAACGAAUGGCUGGAGGAGAAGAAGAAGAUGAAGCAGGAGAUCGAACUGCUGAAGCAGGAAGCAGACAGGCUGAGGAUGAUGAAGAAGAAGGAUGGAGAGAUAAACGACCUCAAUGAAAUGAGGAAGCUCCACCAAUCAGAGCUGGAUCUGCUUCAGAAGAAAGAGAAAGACAGGAGAGACAGAAUCCUGAAGAGCUGGACUGAUGAGAGUAACAAAUGGGACUCGGAGAAAAGAAAGAUGAGGCAGGAGAUCGCCCAGCUGAAAGAAGGAGAGAAGCUGAGAGCGAUGAAGAGGAAGGAUGAAGAGCAGGUGGGAGAGAUGAAGGAGCUGGAGAAAAUGAGAGAGCUCCACCAGAAAGAGAUAGAACUGCUCCGAAAGACGGAUAACGAAAGAAGAGACAGAGUCCGAGAGUCCUGGCUUAAACUCUGCUCUGAAUGGAAGGAGGAGAAACAGCAGAUGAAGCUGGAGGAGGAAAAAAGGGAGCGUCUCCUGGAGUCCUGCAUGAAGGAGAAAGAAGAAUGGAAGGAAAAGAUGGAGACGAUGAUGAAAGAAAGAGAGAAGGAGAAGAAGGAGAUGGAAUCCAUGAGGAAAGAGAGAAAGGAGGAGAAGGAGAUGGAAAAGAUGAGGAAGGAGAAGGAAGAGGAGGAGGAGGAGAGAGGGAUGGAGGUGCUGGUGCUGAAAAUGAAAGCACUGUCCCUUGGAGAACUGAAGUCGAGGAGGAGAAGAAGAGCAGUCCGUUCCAUUUUUUAGUCUUUUCGCAUUUUCCCUUUCUCUACAUAUUUCCUUUAAUCUUUCAAAUAAAUCAGUUUUUGUUCAAACUGAAUAAAGUCUGCUGU